AUGCCCAUCCGUAUUGCAGAACCCAAAGACGCCAACGAUUAUACAAAGAUCCCCUUCCAGUUUGCGCAAGAAUUAACAGCAACGAAUGUCUUUUUGCAACUUCCUGAUGGAUUCUCACCACUCGAACGCAUGGUCUUACAGACCACCGGCAACCUCCAGCGUCUGUUAUCUGCCUAUUAUAACGUUCCGAGCCGUGUCGUUGUCUUGAAAAACGAGCUCAUUCCUUGUGAAGACCAAGACGAAGACGGCAAUAACGAGGGUAGCCAAGGCAACACCGCAAAUGACAUUACCAUUGCAACGACUUUGUCUCCAUUGUCAGCGUCUGCUUCCUCCCUUUCACACAAAGAGCAAGUCGAUAACAGCAACAGUAGUAGCAGUGACAGCUGUACUUUGCAUCAGGACGUUGGACACAUUGAACUUGAUAUGCUAUUCGAGCGAAAGAUUCUAAUGUACUUUGGUGACAAGUUGGCGUACGAAGCGGACUCAUUAGUAUCUGUCAAAGACCAAGAAACACUGAGCCUACUGUCCAAGCAUGAAUAUGGCUUGGGUCAAAUCUUUAGCCACUUGCGACGCACACCAAGCUUUGCAUUACGGGUGGUCGGCCGCCAUGGUACCGAAUAUGGUCAGAGUUUCUGGAGAGACUAUUCCCUGAGUGCGCCCGGUGUGGUAGAUUGUUAUAUUCGUGAAACAUUUGUCGAAGGUCUCUUUGAGCCGUACGCCGGCAGUAAGGACUCUGCUGGUCGAGGCACUGUCUGGUACAAUCCAGAACAACAACACCUUUGA